AUGGAAGUAGAACCAAGCCCGCCGGUUGUGGCAAAGAAAUUGUGGAACUUAGUACGCAUAGCGUUCUUCAUGUUGCGCAAAAGCUUAUCGAAGAGCAAGCUUAUUGUCGACCUCCAUUUGAUGCUCAAACGUGGCAAGCUAGCAGGCAAGGCAAUAGCCAACAACCUCAUGCUCCACCACAACUCCGCCUUCAGCUGCCGCUCAAACGAGGCCCUAUCCUUCGUCACUCCCCGAGAGUACGAGUUCAGCUGUAGCAACAGCCCCGCCGUUCACAACCUUUUUCAUUUCAACAAGCGCAACAAACACCACAACCACUAUUUUCCCAAAGCAACCAGUGCGUACCAAUACGACGACGUUAGCACUAUGAGUGCGGUUCAGAAGGUGCUUGAGAUGUUGAAUAAUGAGAUUGCGGUGGAGGCCUCGCCGCUUGUGACAUUGCCAGGGUUUGGGAAGAGCCCUAUGGUGAGGCAGCUGAGGAUAACGGACUCGCCGUUUCCGUUGAAGGACGAAGGUGAUAGCCAGGUGGACAGGGAAGCUGAGGAGUUUAUUAAGAGAUUUUACAAGGAUCUCAAGUUGCAGAAACGAUCGGCUGCCCUUGAAUCUCCAUCAUACCAUGCCAUGCGUGGUCGAUGA